AUGUCUCUUUUACGGUCGGCUCUCUGCAGGGCCUGCAGAAGAACCCAAUUCCAAGCCCAGCGUGCCUUCGCUACAGCCAGUGCCUCGGCCCGUGACAACCGGGUCAAGCUGGUGGAGGUCGGACCUCGAGACGGUCUCCAGAAUGAGAAGAAGACGAUUCCCUUAGCCACCAAGAUUGAAUUGAUCGAAAGGUUGGCACGAACUGGUCUAGAUACCAUCGAAGCCGGUUCUUUUGUCUCUCCCAAAUGGGUUCCUCAGAUGGCCAAUUCCAGCGAGAUCCUCGAGCACCUACUUCAUCAAAAGAUUCACUCCCCCUUACCGAUCUCAUACGCCUUCCUGGCACCCAAUACCAAGGGCCUGCAAAACGCCGCCGCGCUGCUCAAGCAGCACCAAGGCGCCUUCACGACGCAGGCGAACCCGGCGGCGCCCGGCGACAAGACACCCAAGCCGGGCGUUGAGAUGGCUGUGUUCGCGGCGGCGACAGAGAGCUUCACGCAGAAGAACCUCAACUGCGACAUCCAGACGUCGCUGGAGCGGUUCAAGGCGGUGAUCCAGGACAGCAAGGCGCUGGGGCUGCGGGUGCGCGCGUACAUCUCGGUGGUGCUGGGGUGUCCGUUCGAGGGCUUCGACGUGGACCCGCGCAAGGUGGCCGAGAUCGCGACGGACCUGCUCGAAUCCGGGGCGGACGAGAUCUCGCUGGGGGACACGACGGGCAUGGGCACGGCGCCGCGGACAAGCAACCUGCUCAAGUGCAUGGCGGCGGCGGGGAUCCGGACCGAGGACGUGGCGAUGCACUUCCACGACACGUACGGGCAGGCGCUGGUCAACACGGCGGUGUCGCUGGAGCACGGGGUGCGCACGUUCGACAGCAGCGUCGGCGGGCUCGGCGGCUGCCCGUACAGCCCCGGCGCGACGGGCAACGUGGCGACGGAGAACAUGGUGUACUUUAUGGAGACGCUGGGCAUGGACACGGGCGUGGACCUUGAUGCCGUCGCGGACAUUGGCGCGUGGAUCACGGGCGAGCUGGGCAAGGCCAACGACUCGAGCGUCGGAAAGGCGGUGCUGGGCGCGCGCGCCAGGCAGGCGGCCAAUGCGGCCAAGGGGGAGUAA